ACUUCAAUUCACAACUUCAACGUUUAAACACACGCUGUAAAACGCUUCAAAAUGAAAUUCAUCAUUGUAUUCGUUGCUCUCUUCGCCCUUGCCUUGGCCAACAAAGAUGCUGAAACUUUGCGUUACGACAGCAAUGUUGAACCUGAAAACUACAACUAUGCCGUAGAAACCAGUGAUGGAAAGAGUGCCCAAGAAGAGGGACAUCUUGAAAAUGCUGGCACCGAAGAUGAAGCCAUUUCCGUACGUGGUUCUUACUCUUACAUUGGUGAUGAUGGUCAAACUUAUCAAGUAAACUAUAUUGCCGAUAAGAAUGGUUUCCAACCCCAAGGUGCUCAUCUCCCAGUUGCUUAAGUAGCUGAAUUUUAAAUAGAAGACUGUUAUUAGUUGUUAAUAAAUUGUUAAUUAUAAUAAAACAAAUUAAGAAAACAAA